AUGACUGCUAGAACUCUGCCCGCUGUCGAAAAGCUUGAUAAUGCGUACAUUGAAGAUGCCUCAAAAACGAUCACGAAUGGGCAACAAGAGGUGAUCAUCCGGGAGUUUGAUCCCAAAUUCAUGAAGAAGACCAUGCUCAAGNUCUAUCUUGCCUCCUCGUUGGACAAGUCUAACCUGGGCAAUGCAAAGUCACUCGGCAUGAUGAAGGAUAUCGGCCAUGAUCCCACCGGCGAUACCUACGCGCUGCUCAAUUCCCUCUACUACGUGAGCUAUGCUCCAUUCAUGGUACCUUUCGCUCUGCUUGGCAAGCGUACACGCAUGGUUUCGGUCCUCACUCUCUGCGCGCUGCUUUGGGGUAUCGCCGCAACGUGUUUUGCUGGUGUACAGAACUACUCGGGCGCCUUUGCAUGCCGUGGUUUUGUCAACGGCAUUGUCGCAUAUGGCGUUUCAUUCAUUCACGUCAAGCUCGAAUCAUGGCGCAUCCUCUUCAUGAUCGAGGGUGGUGCCACAGUAGCGAUAGCGAUCAUCGCGAUCAUUGUGCUGCCAGAUGAUAUCGCAUCUUGCAAGUGGUUCACGGCUGAAGAAAAAGACUACUGUGAGCAUAAUUGA